AUGGCUGCUGCCACACGCACAGGCUUUGGCCACGAGCACGACGCCUUUGUCCGUGCGGUGCCGGUCAAGCACGCCACGGUGGACGACGAGUACGUGACGUACUACGAUGUGGGCCCACGGAGCGUGACCGGGGCAGAGACGAGCAGCAGGCUCGAGGGCGACGAAACCACUCCGCCACUGAUAUGCAUCGGCGGCCUGGCCGAGUCGGCAGCGUGCUUCUUCCGACAGCUGCUCUCGCUGGGAUCGCUCGGCUAUCGUGUGGUGGCCCUCUCGCUGCCGCCGCGCCAAACGUUUCCAGGCCUGGCAGCUGUGGUGAUCGGCCUCUGCGCCCACCUUGGCAUCGACCGCGCUGUGCUUGUUGGCUCGGGCCUCGGCGGGUUUGUGGCUCAGGUCGUUACGCAAGAGUGUCCGGACCUGGCUGCCGGCCUGGUCCUCAUCAACGCAUUUGUGGACCUGGCGCACUUUGCCUCUGACCUCUCGUGCGUCCCACUCAUCGGCUUUAUGCCCGACGUCAUCAUCCGCCGCAAGCUGCUCUCGCGGCUGCCGUCGGGGCUUGUCGCUCCCGAGGUGGCCGACUCGAUCGACUUUAUGGUCGAGCAGGUUGAGCAGCUCCCGCGCAACGCCAUCAUCUCCCGCUGCCGGGCUCUGGCCUCGCACUACGACCUCGACGGACCGGUCCCGCUCGAUGAGGACCACAUCCUCAUCAUCGACGCACUCGACGACGUCGCUGUCCCGCCCAAAGCCCGCGCCGAAGUGGUCAAGUUUUAUCCCAACGCCCGGGUUGCGGAGCUCAAGACCGGCUCCAACUUUCCGCACCUAGCUGUCGCCCUCGACGUCCACAUGCACAUGCAGGUUUUCUUCCGCGCCUGCGGCUGGGCUCCGGCCAACUCGGAGCCCGACGAGCCCGAGCCAGCUGACCACCCGUCGAACUCCGAGCCGCUACCGGAUGCGUCGAGCAUGCCGUUCCCCACCGCCACGCUCCCGUCGUGGUCUUCGGCCUCGGCCGCACCCGCACCCGUUGUCUUUGACUCGUUCUCUGGCGGCUUUGACGAAGCCGACGACGAGGACGCCGCCGACUUUUUCUAACUACAACUCCCUUUGUGGCACGGUCAUUGAGGCGUCGGUGACGCGAGGUCCAUGCUCACGACUUGGGCCCGUCCGCUCUGCUGGCGCGGCACGGCGCCCUGCUCCUGUACGCCGCCAUUCCAUGCUGACGCCGACGCCGACGCGGGCCCACCGGCUUCGCCCGAGUCCGACGACGACAUGCCGGUCUCAAUGAUCGAGACCGGCGCGAGAUUCAUGCCUGAGAUCCCGUUAGCAGCACCGUCAUCAUCGUCGGUUGUGUAGUCAUCCGGAAGCUCGACAAUGCGCGGCGAAGACGAGAUGACGCUGGGUUUGGCGCGCUGCGGCCACACAGGGUGGCUCGAUGACGCGUACGGCGUUGCUUGCGACGAGCACGAGUAGUAUGUGCGGACACCGCGCCCGCGCCCAUACCCGUGACCGCUUGCCCGCCGCCUCGACUCUCGCCUCCGCACCGACGACGACGAUGACGACGACGAGACUGAGCGAGAGCCGCUGCCAAACUGAAGAACACUAGGCGUGGCCGCUUGCCGCGAGUUGCUUGCGAGCACAAGCUCGCGGCCCUUGGGCGUCAGCGGGGUUGGCCACAGCGGCCCAACCAGUGAUGACGAAGAGACCGGCAGCCGCGACGGCGACGGGGCCGUGAAGCUUGCCAGUGAAUCGACCGAGAGCUUGGGCGUGUUGGGCCAGAGCGAAUCCCCGUCCUGUGACCGAUAGAGCGCAAGAGACUGGCAGGUGUUGCUCAGGUAGGCCGACAGAUCGGCGCACGAUGUCAAGGAAUCUGCACGGAGUGCGUGCCGGCGCUUGGCCGGGCGCAGAGCCCGAUCGGCCAGCCGCGCCAACU